CUAAUAUUUCCGCUGGCGUCAUAUCCGGUUAGCGGUCACUCUCGUGCUAAAGCCAAAGCUAGCGAUAACGUCUGGCACACAGAAGGAAUAAAACUAUAUUUUGCGCUCAAAUAUCACAUAAUGGGGAAGAAACACAAGAAGCAUAAACCGGAGUGGAGAACAGUUGAUGACUACGAGGACAAGGCUUUGGAGAAACCACUAAAGCUUGUGCUCAAAGUUGGAGGGAGUGAAGUAACAGAACUCUCCGGUUCGGGUCAUGACUCCAGCUACUACGAUGACAGAUCCGACCAUGAACGCCACAAAGAGAAAAAGAAAAAGAAGAAGAAAAAGUCUGAAAAAGACAAGGACAAGUAUGUGGACGAUGAAGAGAGAAGACGGAGAAAGGAGGAAAAGAGGAAGAAGAGAGAGCGAGAGCAGCAUGAAUCUGAAGGAGCAGCUGCCGCCGUUGUCACCGGUGGACCCAUUGAACCUUUUACGAUAUCAAAAAGUGCUAGUAUAGUGAUAGAGCCUGAAGAGAAAAAAAGGAAGAAGGAGAGGUUUGAGAUUGAACCAGAUAUGGAUGAAUUUCACCCCAGCAUGAAGGUGGAGGUGGAACACCAAGCUGACAGGCCUGUGCGAGCAUGCCGGACACAGCAAGAGAAUGAGUCCACGCCUCGUCAACUUUUACUUGAGCACUUCCUGCGCCAGCUGCAGAGAAAAGACCCCCACGGUUUCUUUGCAUUCCCAGUAACAGACGCCAUCGCUCCCAAUUACUCCAUGAUCAUCAAGCAUCCGAUGGACUUCAGCACCAUGAAAGACAAGAUAACCAACAACGAGUACAGCACAGUCACGGAAUUCAAGGCGGACUUUAAGCUGAUGUGUGACAAUGCCACGGUGUAUAACCGACCAGAGACGGUGUACUACAAAGCAGCCAAGAAACUUCUCCAUACAGGGUUUAAGAUGAUGAGCAAGGAUCGCCUGUUGGCGCUGAAGCGCAGCAUGUCUUUCAUGCAGGACAUGGACUUCACACAGCAAGCCGCCAUUUUGGGAGACGAAGAACUUACAGCGGAUGUCCCUCCACCAGAGAUAAUUCCCGUCCCGGUGGAAUCGGCCAAAAAGUCUAAAAAACAACCCGUGAAAGACAUGAACUACCUGUUUGAGCCAGAGGGGAACGCCUGCAGCUUGACUGACAGCACAGCAGAGGAGCACGUUCUGGCUCUGGUGGAGCAUUCGGCAGACGAAGCCCGCGAUCGCAUUAACCGAUACAUGCCAAACUCCAAGAUAGGCUAUCUGCGCAAGGAGUCCGACACUUCUCUUCUGUACACUGUUGUCAAUCAGCUUGAUCCCGAUGCAGAAGAAGAGGAGACGCAUAAAGUGGACCUGAGUUCGCUAUCAAACAAGCUUCUCCCCGGAUUAACAACACUGGGUUUCAAAGAUGACCGGAGACACAAGGUGACAUUCUUGAGCAGCGCCUACAACAUUCAAACCCUUCAGAAGAACUCGGUCUUUCCCGACCUUCUACCUGAGGAGUCAGACUUGCUGUGCUCGGCAUAUGGAGACGACACAGGAGUACAAUGUGCUCUAAGCAUACUGGACUUUGUGAAGGGCUGUGGAAGUGUCACCAAGCAUUGGGUUGAUGGUCUUCUGGAUAAGAUGACGGCAGGCGAUCACACUAAAGCAGUCAGUCAAAUCAGACAGAAAAGAAACAUGAUGCUGAAACCCGACGAAACCAAAACGGGCAUCUGUGACUUACAGAUGGUCGACGGCAGUGGUCUUGGAGAGAGCAGUUCGGUGCUGGACUUCAUGUCGUUGAAAAACUAUCCUGAUAUGUCUCUGGAUAUCUCCAUGCUCAACACAAUAGGUAAGGGCGUAAAGAAGGAGCCAGGAAACGAGGACGGCCAGCAACACUUUGACGAUGCCGACAAGCUCCUGCAGGAGUUCCAGGAAGCUCAGGUGGACAGAGUCGGCUCCAGGCCUUCGUCCAACAUGUCCUCCCUGUCCAACGCUUCAGAGAGGGAUCAGCAUCACCUCGGGAGCCCGUCACAGUCGGAGAUGGUUCAUGAUCCCUACGAGUUCCUACAGUCGCCCGAGUCUGAGAGCCCAGCCAAUAACUGAUCACGUUUCGAUUGUACUGCAUCAAUAAUAUAAAGCCAUACUCACUCUGACGUUGGAAUGGAGGUUGUGAUGGGAAUAUUUAUAUUUCAUAGGUUACACGUUAUGUGAAUUACUUUACAGCCUUUUUGUAGAGCUUCAACUCUUCCAUCCGAGCUCAUCCUGCUGUCCCUUCAAGGAUGGUGGGCACAGCAGGAGGCUCAUUCUUUAAUCAAAGCUCCCCCAGGAGGUCCCAACCAGGAGGUUGAUCCUCUGAGGUUAUCUCGCACAGGUUCGACAAACCGUGCCAGAAGAAUGGGUGUGUAGGCUAACCCCCAUACAUGAUGGCGGCAUCGGGGGGAGUGACAAGAAGGUCUCCUUUCUCUUGUAAUGUAAUUUAUUUGCAUGCUAUGGAGUAUAAAAGUUCCCGCCAAGACACCUACAGACCGCCAUGUUGUCUGACCCCUUUGUUUUGCAAAGGUAAGUUCUGUAUUUAUUUCAGGCAUUCUCUAUCAAUAUUAGAAUGAUGGAUUUUUUUUCCACAAUAAGGUCCAAUACUGUGGAUAUUACACAAGCAUCUGAUCUGAAUGUUUUGUACAAAUUGUGUAAUUGUAUGCUUUUGUAUGAGUGCAACAGGAAAAUUA